AUGCUUAGUUUCAUCGGCUUGCUUCCGCAAACUGAGUGGAUCACUACUGCUUUAGACGAAAUGCUCAAGAAACCAGAACGUUGGUGUAGCUGGGCGGUGGCUUUCUAUCUCCGUCAAUGUAUAUCGCAUAGUAAUGGAAAGGCACAAAUGCUAGCUGAAAUUUCGUGGAUCCAGCGUCUGAGUAGUAUGGAUCGAGCCAUUGCUAGCAGUGCACCAGUCACAAUCACGUCGGCUGUCGGCGACAACUUGCUUUACGUCGCAAGCGGUUCCUAUAGACACAACAAAGAGAAUGGUACACCAUUUUGCUGGAAAGGUGAGUGGACACCAGAAUAUAACAAAGAGUUAUGGCGACUUAGUCCUGCGCCAACAGGACCGUCUGAUUUCUACAUCGUUAGCGUAUUUUCGGAAGAAUAUCUCUAUGCCUCAAGUAUCCCUCAGCUCGACAAUGUCAACGGUUAUUCACGUAUGACUGUACUUGUUUGUGCUAAAAAAUGUCUGCCUGAUUCGGCUGGGAUUUGGCGAUUGGUAAAGCUGGACAUGAACAUGUGUGCAUUGUAUGAUAUCAAUCAAGGAUCUUUUCUUAGCUCUCCGGCGGAGGCUGCCGACGGAUCUCGUCGUGCAGUUGUUACGAGCACGUAUCAGCCUCUUAAUGAGAAGCAAUCCAUGUUCCGUGAAUGGAAAAUCACUGCAUCAUCGAUACCAUUGUUGGAGCUCGCGAUGCUCGAAUUUUUCAACAAGGAUUACAGCAGAGCCGUGCAGACAUUUACAUCGAUCAUUUCUGAGGAAAUUAUAUCUAUUGCAGAUCGCAAGAAAGCACUUUGCUAUCGAAUGGUAGCGAAUUGGAUGAUCAAUGAUAAGAUAUGUGCUGACAGAGACAUUGCACUUCUCGAGCCUUUGGGUGGGUGUCCAGAAUACUUUUUGGUCACUCUAUACGGAAAGCUAGCAGUCGAAGAAAGAAAGCUUUUUGAACGUUUCACAACGAUCUCGCUUCAAAAUAGAGCAGAAAAGUACUAA